GCGUGGAAUCCGAAAUGGGGAGUGGGGGAGAUUAGGUGCAAUUUUCCUUCGAGCUCUGGACCACCCACACCCUCUAUUUAUAUCAAACCUUUUCUCCGUUUAAUCAUACGCAUUACUACAAGUGCCCAGCUUUAUUGCCUUGCCGGUGCUCAUCUCCACUAGCUACAAAGCUCUUUCUCUCUCUCUCUCUCUCUCUCGCGUCAUGAGAAUGGGAUACAAGGUGGAAGUAGAUACGAAGAUGAGCAGUGCCACAGUGAGUAGGGAAUCCAAGAGAAAGGUAUCCUGCAAAAAGCUUGGAGGGUAUCUUAGAGAACAGAAAGGAAGGCUAUACAUAAUCAGGAGAUGUGUGAUCAUGCUUCUUUGUUGGCAUGACUGAAGCACUACUUUCUAUAUAUUAUGUUGGAGACCAUUGAUUUGUGUCUAAUUAGCCUACUUUUUUCCAGUCACUGAUUCCACUAGCAAACCGAUUAUCAUUGCCGCCACUGCAGUUUGCAUCCGAUCGACUAGAUCUCUCUCUCUCUCUCUCUCUCUCUCUCUCUCUCUCUGUUUUGGUGAUUGCCAUUUGUACGUCCUUCGAAGUGUAAAUAGCUAGUAGCUAGAGAGACAUGUUAAAGAGAUAUCUUGUGCGUGACCAUGCUUCAGCUUGGCAUGCACAUAAAUAUAAGAAAGUUUCAAUUUGAAUGUUA